AUGUCUCGGCUUCAGUCUGAUGAUAUUUGUUGCUCUGAGCUCCGGGCAAGUCCCAGGGAGCCCUCUGGCCCACAGAGAGUGACCCACUUCUCCGUCCGCUCCACCAUCGUGUCUCGCUACGCCCACACCCAGGUUGUGUCUGUCAUGACCAACCCACACUCAGUGGCCCAGGAAGCCAUCUUUGACCUGGAUCUACCUAGCCUGGCCUUCAUUUCCAACUUUACCAUGACCAUCAACGGUAAAGUCUACAUAGCCGAAGUCAAAGAGAAGCACCAGGCUAAGAAAAUGUACGAGGAAGCCAAGAAACAAGGGCAGACCGCUGCCCAGGUGGCCAGCCAAGACGAUGAGGUCAAGAAGUUUAAAAUUUCCACAAAUGUAGCUGUGGGUGGAGAGGUGACAUUUGCCUUGACCUAUGAGGAACUGCUCCCUCGCCUUCUGGGGAAGUACCAGCACGCCGUGAGCGUCAGACCCGGCCAAGUGGUGCCGAAUCUCAGCGUGGAAGUGACCGUAUCGGAGAGGACUGGCAUCGACUACAUCCACGUGCUGCCCCUCCGGACCAGCCACCUGCUGACCAACACUGUCAGAGGUGAGGCUGACUUGCCAACAUCCACCAAGAUUGAAAAGGAAGAAACCUGUGCACGGGUCACCUUCACACCAACACCAAGCGAACAGGCUGCCUACUCCAGCCGGGGCAUCAUGGGGGACUUUGUGAUUCAAUAUGAUGUGGCUAUGAAGGACGUCAUUGGUGAUGUGCAGAUCUCCGAUGGCUAUUUUGUUCACUAUUUUGCCCCCAGAGACCUACCCCGUAUGCAGAAAAACAUCAUCUUCGUUAUCGAUGUCAGUGGCUCUAUGACCGGAACGAAGCUGAAGCAGACUAAGAAGGCUAUGCAUGUGAUCCUGGGAGACCUGUGCCCAGAAGACUAUUUCAACAUCGUGACCUUCUCUGACACCGUCCACAUCUGGAAGGCUGCCGGCUCCGUCCAGGCUACCCCCCCGAACAUACAAAGAGCCAAAGCCCACGUUGGCAGAAUGGAGGCGGGCAGAUGGACAGAUGUGAAUGCAGCUCUCCUGGCAGCGGCCUCCAUACUGAACCAGACUGGCAGCGCAGGGCCCUCAGGAGAGGCUUGCCUGAUCAUCUUCCUCACAGAUGGGGAACCCACAGCAGGCGUGACCUCACCCGCCCGCAUCCUCGCCAAUGCCCAGAGGGCCCUGGCCGGCCAGGCGGCCCUGUUCGGCCUGGCUUUGGGAGACGAUGCCGACCUGCCCCUCCUCCGCCGCCUCUCGUUGGAGAACCGAGGCAUGGCUCACCGCAUCCGAGAAGACCAGGAUGCUGCCGUGCAGCUCAAGGGCUUCUACGACCGCAUCUCCUCCCCGCUGCUGUCUGACAUCCGCCUCCACUACCAGGCUAGGCAAGCUGGGAGGGCUGACCCAGCAGGGAGCCACUUCCCCAACUACUUCGGGGGCUCUGAGCUGGUGGUGGUGGGCCAGCUAGGUCACGGAGAGCCUGAGCUCUGUGUGCACCUAGAGGCCCAGGGCCCACACAACCGCCUACUCACAGCAUCCCGGAUCGAGAAGGUUGCUGGUGGCAGGGAGCCGGCCUUUGGCUGCCCACCCCACAGGGAGAUCAACCCGGGUCAAGGCUUCCUCCAGCGCCUUUGGGCCUACAUGACCAUCCAGGGCUUGCUGGAGGCCCGCCUCAGAGCCAACGACUCAGCCACCCGCAGACUGCUGACUGACAAGGCGCGCAAUCUCUCUCUGCACUUCCAUUUUGUGACGCCCCUGACCUCGCUUGUCGUGGUGCAGCCACGGGAAGAAGGAGAAGGGCAGCAGGCCCCACAUCCAACCCUGACGGCCGUACUCCAGCCCACAGCCCCCGGGAAGUUCCCAAGGCCUCCUGUCCUGCCCGGCCCCACCAAGCCCCCGCUCCAAGGGGCCAGAUUCACCACCGCUUCACCGGGGCCCUCGUCUGUGGCCAAAGCAGGGCACCCGAGGGCGACCAAACACAAUCUGAUCCCUUCUGUCCCCUGGGUGCGCCCAGCUCCCGGGGAGCCGUCGUCUGUGAAACCCACGGCGUCUCCCCUCUCCAAGAUUGGCUCUCUGUCUCCUCCCAGAGCAAGCCCCAACACUCAUCUGAGUUCUGUCGCCCCGGCACUCCUGACCUCUCCCCAGCCUGGUGCUCUAUUGCACCCCAAACCAAGCAGCUCAUCUUGGUAUAAUCCUGGCUCCUCUGCUCCCCUUCGAUCUGGCUCCUCGACCAUCCCUAAACCCAGCCCCCCAGUUCACCCAAGUCCUAACAUCUUGUCAGCCCCAAAUCGGACUCUGAGCUCCCCAUCUCCUCCCAGAUCGGUGCCGCCAUCCCUCCCCAGAGCUGGCUUUCCACUUCACCUCAAUCCUGAUGCUUCAUUAUCCUCCUCUCUCCCCAAACAGGUUUCCCCAGGUCCCCCUAAACCUGGAUCCCUGUUCCACCCAAAUAUCAAGACUACGAACUUCAGCUCUUCCAAUUUCCCCAAAUCGAGCACCCUACUCCCCCGCAAAGCGGGCCAUCUUUCUUUCCCUAGAACUCCAGCCCCAUUGCCUCCCAAAUCGAAUGUACCCCUCCCACACAAGCCAUCCUCCCCCAGAUCUAAUACCCUGUCCCCCUAUAAAUCUAGCUCCCACUUUCCCCCAGACCUGGCUCCCCAGAUCCCCCAAUCUUCCCUCAGAACCAGUUCCUUACUCCCCUCAAUCCCAAGCUCCCCACCCACCUAUAACUCAAGCACACCCGAGAUCAUCCGUGUCCUCGUUCUCCCCGAGGAGCCGGGCCAACUUCUGGAAAGCCUGCCAGAUUCUGGAUUCUCUGAGUCCUUGAAGCCCCCAGCCAUCUACGCCUUCCCCAACAGCCGCAGCCAAGGCAGCAGACGUGGGAUUCAAGGCGAGCUUCCCAAGUCCCCAGUGGUUUUCACCUUCUCCUCUUCAGUGGAUGGGGAUCCACAUUUCGAGAUCCAGUUGCCAAACUCAGAGAGUAGAAUCUGUUUCACGGUGGAUGGAAGAGCAGGGGACACCCUUCAACUCAUCAGUGACCCUGAAGCAGGGCUGCAGGUCAGCGGCCACCUCUUCGGGGCACCUCCGAAGCCAGGCCACGAGCACCGGAUCCGCACCUACUUUGACAGCAUCGUGGUGUCCGUGGGAAGACUUGAGGCCCCUUUUGUUAUCCACGUGAGCCCCCACCAGGUCGGUCUCAAGAUGGAGGGCUUGACCAAAAGAUUCAGCUGGGACCGGCCUCUUCUCACCUUGCAGCCUAAGCCUGGCCUGGAGCUGAUUCUACAGCACAAGAGCAUCCUCACCAUCCGCCUCAGUUCGCACCUUGAGUUCCUCAUCAGGAGGCAUCGAGACAGGCACCCCACAGCCCUGCGGCGCCCCCAUCUUGGUUUCUACAUAGUUAAUGGGCACGGCCUGAGCCGCUCUGCUCGGGGCCUCCUAGGUGAGAAGAGGUUGUCACAAUUUCCUCUCCUGGAACCCAAGGCCUUCCACCAUCCAGCCUCAACCCUUUCUCCCCAUGUGUGCACAAAGCACACUCCUCUCCUCCCCAGGCCACCCCCCCAUGUGACCCCAGUCUCCAAGACCCCUUUUUGGCUAGGAGAGCUAGAAUUCCAGUUUGGCAAACCCACGAGACUGCGGAUCGACCAAAGCCUUUGGCCCAUCACCCCCGCGCCCUGUGGUCAAUUCCAGCACACAGAUCUCUUUGUGAAGCAAACCGUGAGCGGGGCCUGGCUAGAAGGGCCACAAGGUGCCACCGUGGCCCUGGCUCCUGCUGGCCUGGGCCAGAACUGGCUGUCAAGGAGCCUCUGCUGGAGGGUGAAGCCUCAGGAUGUGGAGAAGCUGCUGGGGAGCCCCUACUGGGCCUUUGUUCUAUAA